UGAUUGAUUAGGUGUGGCAAAAAUGAUUCAUAAAAGGGAGGUGUGUCUGUCUAUAUAACUGCACUGGCGCGCGCUCUUGUUUCCAGCAGAACUCCGCACGAGACUUUUGACACAGUCCCCAGCACGCGCAUUUAAGUCCAGAUCGCGGACGGUGCUGGAGGCAGGGAGGCAACGUUACAGCGAGACCGACUUCUGAUCCUGUAAUAUCUCGGAUUAUACUAAAAGGAGUAUGUAUACGUUACGAAUCGCGACAUUUCUCCUCUGUUGUCUCGUGUUACUCAAGGUGUGCAGUGGCGCCUCAGUGGACAGGUAUGAGAGUGCCAAACCCAGAACAACAGUGGGCAACCUCUUUCACACCCUAGAGAAAAUAAACACAACCCAGCACCAGGUGGACAGUGGGACUGCUGUGGAUGAAGAUGAUGAUGAUUAUGAUGAAGAUGGUGAUCUAUCUGAUGAUUAUGACUCUAACCAGCCAAGAGUGGCAUUUUCCACCAAACCCAAACAUCCGUCAGUGAUUCCCACUACAGAGAAGAAGACAAAAAAAGGGAAAAGGAAGGGCAAAGGAAAAGGCAAGGGAAGAAAGAAGAACCCCUGCCUGGAGGAAUACAAAGAUUUCUGCAUUCACGGAGAGUGUCAGCAUCUGAAGGAGUUGAACACUCAUUCUUGUGUUUGUAAAGCAGGAUACUCAGGAGAGAGGUGCCAUAUAUUUACACUACCAGUUGGUAAGGAGGAACAGCGUUACAGCCGGACCACAGCUCUAGCGGUCAUCGCUGUGGUCCUGUCCCUCAUGUGUCUCACAAUCAUCGCUAUUCUGCUGGCCCUAAGGUACCACAAAAAAGAUGAUGCUGAUGUAGAAAGAGAAGAAAAGGUCAAACUCCAGGCAACGUCAGUACAGAAGUGAUAAGGGAAGAAAGGGUGAAGAAAGCCGAAAGGAUGUGUGACCCAUGGAUAGAUAGCCCCCGUUCAAACUGAUCCUAUGUCCUGCAGUCAUGGCGGCUGUCUACACUGGCAUGAAGGAUGUUUUGAAUGCUGCUUCCAUGUGCAGUACAAUGUCCUUAUCAAUGUAUUCUCCUUGUGGAGAGCAUACUGAGAGGACUGAACCGAAUGAAUGUAUUGCGACUUUAAUCAAGUUGCUUUUUUGUUUGUUGCUUAUUUAUUUAUUUCAAAAAGGGUGUUUCUAGUUCCCUUUCCAAGUCUCUCCAAUUGCGUAUACACGCUUAUGGGGGAGACUACCGUUUAAUAUUGAUACUGAAGCCGGAUUUGUUCACAAUGUGUACCUGUACAAACAAAUGGUUCUUCAACCCAUCAAAAGGGGAGGAGCCAACUACUAGUCAAGAGCCAUUCGUCAAAAUCUAUCCUGACCAGCAAGAGAGGAAGAUUAGAGGGCUAAGUCUCACAGAGGCUGUGUUUCCCUCAAAGAAGACUCGUGUCUGCUUUCCGUUUCCCGGCCUUGUGUUUGAUGGAAGCUCUUUUGUAACUGGACCGGCCCUUCAGCCCAAGAAAAUUGUUGCUGAGAUAGUUGACCCACAAACUCAAAAGAGCAUUUCAUGACUUCUCACUGCCGUGGCAAUCAGUUCCCUACCCCAUAUUGGCAAUCUGCCAAUCAAAACACUAAAACCACUGUUCAUCUGGCUUCAGGCUUGGACAGCUUUCCCGGAUGUGUCAGGUUGUAAAAGUGCAAGGUUGUAUAGGUUGUAAAAACCAUAGAAUGAGGUUACUCAUUCCAGUUCGCACGAAGGCCACUUAUGCCGCAUUUCCACCAUUACCCAGAACAUUUGUACCAGGAACUUUUUUCCCCCCAGACCUGUUGCUUUCUGCAUUUCCACCGCAGUGUAAAGUACCGGGAAGAUUCGACAAAUAGUCUGGUGA